AUGAAGCUACUAUUAUGUUUAAUAUUAUUAUUAGUGAUUUCUUUCAGAAACGAAUGUGUCUAUGGAAAAACAAAUUCUAUAAAGCUUCCAAUAUAUGGUGAAAAAAUUAACAAUUAUAAAUAUAACAAUUUAAAUGAAAAAACAGAUAAAAAACAAAUAAAUAAAAAAAAUGGUAGAAAUAAAUUUAUUAAACUGGAUGGAGAUGUAUCGCAACUCUAUACAAAUGUUUGCGUUGGUGGUGUGAACCAAAAGGUUAUAGUUGAUACAGGUUCAGUAUUACUAGUAGUUCCAUCAGUAUACUGUAAUAAUUGUGAACAAAAAAAUCCAUAUUAUGCACCAUCACCAUUUGUAGAUUUUAUAGAGUGUAAUGAAGAAUGUAGUUUUUUAGGAAAUACUUGUGUUGAUAUUCCCAAUGAGUCUGGAAUUUCAAAUGUUUGUGGAUUUCGUGAACAGUAUUUACAAGGAACUGAAAUUUUUACUUUAUUUGUAACAGAUACAUUUAGUUUUACUAAUAAAACUGAUGAGUUAUAUACAACCUUUAAUGCAAUAAUUAAUGUAGAGGGAAAAGAAAUGAAAUAUGGUGUGUUAGGGUUAGGUAAAAUGUGUAAAGGAUGCAGAAGAUCACCAACUGAAACAAUACUUGAUAGUUUGAAUCUACCUAGAAUAUUUUCGAUAUCUUUUGAUCAAGACUACAAGGGUUCUCUAAUUUUAGGUGAUAUAGAUCCAAUUUACCUUAGUGAUAUCAAAUACACACCUAUGAUUUCAUAUGAUGAUUAUCAUUAUGCAGUUCAAAUUAGUAGAUUUACAAUGAAAGGUAACAAUUCACCUUAUAAUUUAGAAUUAAAAUCUAAAGAUUUUGGUCAAGUCACCAUUGAUUCAGGAUCAACUGUAACAUAUUUAAAUCCUUUAGCUUUUAAAAAAAUCAGAGAGUAUUUACAAAAAUUCUGUAAACCUGGUAUGUGUGGUGAUGAAAAUAGUUUUAUUGAAGGAACUUGCUACAACUAUCCAGAUGAAUAUUUUAAUACUUUCCCAACCAUUCAUAUAGAAAUGAAUGGAGGUGCUGUUAUUGAUAUUGAAGCCAAAAACUACAUUACCCAUACUAAUCAUAAUGGGGUAAAUCUUCGUUGUUUUGGUAUCAAACAAGCAUCAUCUUAUGGUAAAUCUAUUGUUGGUAUACCAUGGUUAAGAGAUCAAUAUGUUGCAUUUGAUAACCAAAAUGAUAGAAUUGGUUUUGCUAAAGUAAAAAUUGAUGAUAUAAAAUAA